UCUUCAAUUCUUUUCUCUUUUUACUUCAGAUAUGCGUGAUAAAAUGAGAAAAUGGAGGGAAGAAAACUACCGAAACAGUGAGCAGAUAGUGGAUGUUGGAGAAGAGUUAAUUAAUGAAUAUGCAUCUAAGCUUGGAGAUGACAUUUGGAUAAUAUACGAGCAGGUGAUGAUUGCUGCCCUGGACUGCAGUCGAGAUGAUUUGGCACUGUUUUGUCUUCAGGAACUAAGGAGGCAGUUUCCUGGGAGCCAUAGAGUUAAGCGAUUAACUGGAAUGAGAUUUGAAGCUAUGGAAAGGUACGAUGAUGCCAUCCAAUUAUAUGAUAGAAUUUUACAAGAGGAUGCAACCAAUACAGCCUGAGCUUUUUGGCCUUUAUGGCUUCCACCAAUUUGCUGUGUGCUGGUUGCAGACACGAUGUCCUACUGUUUCAUAGAUUUACCUCUGGAGCUCUGUAAAAAAACUGUGUUCAAUAUAGCUAUUUAUGCUUUGACACUAUCCAUAACAUAGUUGUUUCAAGUCAGAAUCUCUUUCCUGCAUGGAACUUGCAACUCUCUUACAUGGUUAAUUUAAAU